AUGGACGACAGUUCAAAAAACCAUCAAAUGUUGCUGCUCCUAUUACUAGCUGCAACGUUUGGAGGUAAUGUUGGGGACCAAACGAAGGAAACGAUGUUACUAUCAAUGAGCCACAGUGAACGUCUCGCUUCGCUUGAGAAUAGAUUGACGCAGCGCGAUGAUGAGCUUGCCCGGAUGCUUCAGCUGAUGCUCUCCAAUCAAAAUGAAAUCCUGCAACUGCUGCGUCCCCCUUUGUGCAACUCGUCCUCAUCCUUCCCAACGGACGGUACACAGCAACCACCCGGCACGCUGCCGAAUGCGCGAUGUUCGCCCUCGAACCGAGCGUCCGAGAAGCGAUCCUCACCAAACGGUAUCCUCUCGUCGGCUAAGCUCGUCCAUGCAGAGUCCCACAACACGGACCUGUACCCGCGAAGUUGCCGUGAAAUUCCGGACGGUAUGUCGGGCGAGGAGACGAUCUACCCGAGUGCCGGACCGGCUGGACCGGGCGAACCGCUCGAGGUGUACUGCGAUCAGGACUUUGAGGAUGGCGGUUGGAUUGUGAUACAGAACCGUUUCGAUGGGUUCGUCAACUUCAAUCGCAGUUGGGAAAAGUAUCGGGAUGGGUUCGGUGACAUCGGGACGGAGUAUUGGAUUGGGCUGGACGAGAUCCAUCGGUUAACCGGGUCGGUACCGCACGAGAUAGCGUUCGUUGCUGAAUCGUUCCAGGGUGAACGGCGCUGGGCACGGUACAGUCUGUUCGAGAUACGAGGCGAAACGGACCGGUAUAGGUUGGAGAAGUUGGGCGUUUAUUCGGGCACGCUCGGGGACGAGUUUACGUACAAUAUGGGUAUGGAGUUUUCAACCUUCGACCAGGACCACGACAAGUUCGAGAACGUUAACUGUGCGCUGCGGACUGCGUCCGGCUGGUGGCACCGGAGCUGCACCCGAAUCAAUCUGAACGGUAUGUACGGGAAUGAGUCGGGCGUACGGUUCGCGUACUGGCUCGAUUGGCUUCAUCUGCAAGGGCUGAAGCGUACCCGGAUCAUGAUCCGGGAGAUAAAGAAGCGUCGCAAGUAA